AUGUCUGUCAGAGUGACUGAGCUGGAGUCCGCGGGAGGGGGGGGNCUGCCGGGCGCCAGCUUCCGGUCCACCGGCUCGUCGGUGCCCGAGCUGGAGUGCGCGGCGGCCGAGCUCGAGCGGCUUCGGAAGGAGUACGAGAUCUUCCGGGUCAGCAAGGGCCAGGAGGUGCUGUCGCUGGGCCGCCGGGAGGCGCAGCUCGACUCCGAGAACCGGCGGCUGCGUGCCGAGCUGCAGGCACUUCAGAAAACCUAUCAGAAGAUUCUCCGAGAGAAAGAAAGCGCUCUAGAAGCAAAAUACCAAGCAAUGGAGAGAGCGGCUACGUUUGAACAGGACCGGGAUAAAGUGAAAAGGCAGUUCAAGAUUUUCAGGGAGACGAAAGAGAAUGAGAUUCAGGACUUACUGCGAGCUAAGCGCGAGCUGGAAAGCAAACUUCAGAGGCUCCAGGCUCAGGGCAUCCAAGUGUUCGACCCCGGGGAGUCUGAUUCAGACGACAGCUGCACAGAUGUCACUGCUGCUGGUACCCAGUGUGAAGACUGGGCGGGUGGAGCCCUGGGCAGCGAGCCCUCCCUGGGGAGCAUGGUCCAGCUCCAGCAGUCCUUCCGAGGGCCUGAGUUUGCACACAGUUCCAUCGACGUGGAGGGCCCCUUCGCCAACAUCAACAGAGAUGACUGGAACGCUGCAGUGGCGGGUUUGUUGCAGGUGACUCCCUUGCUCUUGAACUGUCUAUGGAGUAACUCUGUCAGGUGCUACCUCCUCUACACAGAUGAGACGCAGCCAGAAGUGGAUCUUUUCCUUCAGGAUUAUGCCCCUAAACUCAAAAGAAUGUGCGAGACCCUGGGGUAUUUCUUCCAUGUGAUUUAUUUUCCAAUUGAUGUUGAAAAUCAGUACCUCACCCUAAGAAAAUGGGAGCUUGAGAAGAGUUCUUUAGUUAUUUUGUUUGUCCAUUCAACAUUGCCAAGGGACUCGCUGAUGCAGCACUCCUGGGCAGUAUCUGCACCAACCCUGGACCCUGCAAAGCUUCUGGAAGAAUUCCCACGUUGGCUAGAAAAGCUGUCAGCACGCCAUCAGGGCAGCAUCCUCAUCGUCAUCGAUUCCAUCGAUCAGGUGCAGCAAGUAGACAAGCACAUGAGCUGGCUGAUCGAUCCCCUGCCGGUGAAUGUCAGAGUCGUGGUUUCUGUGAAUGUGGAAACAUGCCCUGCAGCCUGGAGGUUGUGGCCUACGCUUCAUCUUGACCCUUUAAAUCCAAAAGAUGCAAAACAUAUAAUAGUGGCUGAAUGUCAAUCUGUGGACAUCAUGCUGAGCAAAGAACAGGAGCAGCAGCUGGAGAGGCACUGUCGCUCGGCUACCACCUGUAAUCCCCUGCAUGUCACUCUUCUUGGCAAAAUGAUGGCUCGUGCGGGGAGAGCGGGCAGCCUGGAUGCGGUGCUCUGCCAGUGUCUACAGUGUGAAGACACCGUGUCCUUAUACAGGCUCAUCCUGCGCUCCGUCCAUGACUCCUUGCCAGAAGAGGGCCACAAAGAGCUGAUGAGACAGAUCCUCUGCCUGGUCAGUAUUAGCCACAAUGGUCUGAGCGAGUCGGAGCUAAUGGAGCUCUAUCCUGAGAUGACCUGGGCUGGGCUGACCUCCCUCAUCCACAGCCUCCACCAGCUGUGUCUGUUGACAUACGGCUGUGGGUUACUCAGAUUUCAGCAUCUGCAGGCCUGGGAAACAGUGCGGCUGGAGUACAUGGAUGGGCCCCAGGCCAUCUCUUCCUAUCGGCAAAAGCUGAUUAGCUACUUCACCCUGCAGCUAAGUCAGGACCGGGUGACCUGGCGGGGUGCAGAUGAGCUGCCCUGGCUUCUCCAGCAGCAAGGAAGCGCCCAUGAGCUGCAGGAUUGCCUGCGGAACCUCCCCUUGGCUCAGAGCCUUUACAGACGUCAGGUGCGGCGCCUAGUGCUUCCGUGUUUCCUCUGUUGGCUGCAGCGUGCAUUUGCCCUCUUGCGGCGACGGGCCUUGCAGUUAGAAGAGCUCACUCUGGGCAAGGACACGCCUGACAGUGCUCGCACCCUCAAUGAGCUGGGCGUCCUCUACUAUCUGCAGAACAACCUGGGCACAGCUGAGCAGUUUCUGAGGCGCUCCUUAGAAAUGAGGGAGCAGGUCCUAGGGCCCGAGCACCCCGACUGUGCCCAGUCGCUCAACAACCUGGCGGCGAUCUGCAAUGAAAAGAAACAGUACGACAAGGCAGCAGAGCUGUACGAGAGGGCACUGGAGCUGCGGCGGCGGGCGCUCGCUCCUGACCACCCAUCUCUGGCCUACACAGCGAAGCAUCUAGCAAUCUUGUAUAAGAAAAUGGGAAAACUUAACAAAGCCGUCCCUCUGUAUGAACUGGCCGUCGAAAUUCGUCAGAAAUCCUUUGGCUCAAAGCAUCCUAGCGUAGCCACUGCCUUGGUGAACUUAGCAGUGCUUUAUAGCCAGAUGAAAAAGCCCACAGAGGCCUUGCCCUUAUAUGAACAAGCCUUGAAGAUCUAUGAAGCCAGCCUGGGGCAGAUGCAUCCUCGAGUCGGAGAAACUCUAAAAAACCUAGCUGUGCUCAGUUACGAGGAAGGAGAUUUUGAAAAAGCUGCAGAACUGUACAAAAGAGCAAUGGAAAUCAAAGAGUCAGAAACAUCGCUGUUGGGUGGAAAAGCUCCUUCGAGACACUCGUCAAGUGGAGACACAGUCAGUCUAAAAACCACGCACUCGGCUGGGCAAGGCGGCUCACACCUGUAAUCCCAGCCUCCCUGGAGGCUGAAGUGGAGAGGAUCAAGACUCAAGGCGUGUGAACAGAGAAGUCCCAGUGAGCUCAUCACAACCAAAGACAAGCCAGGCACUGUGGUGCUAAGUCUCCAAAGGAACCAUAAAUAGGAGUUCUGCAGUCUGGGCCGGCCCAGAUAAGAAGUGAGACCCUACUUGAAAAACAGUGAAAGCAGAAAGUGCUGGAGCACGGGC